UCAAUGGUUUUACCCUCAAAAGCCCACAUCUAAACCUCACUUUCCCAUCCUUCUCCAAAAAUCUUCUCAUGCCGCCGCUCACAACCACUACCGCCACCACAUCCCAGUGGUGAUCUUCUAAACUUCGACCAGCCACCACCACAACCAACGGCAACCCCUCAAAUGGCGACCGCCGCUCCAACAACAGUUUCCUCCGACGCAACAACCACCACUUCGUCCGACGGUCCUGUCCUUAGCCUCAUCAACAAACGUAUCCGUGCGUUACGUAAGAAAUACAACCGCAUCCUCCAAAUGGAAGAAUCCGUCUCCCAGGGCAAAACUUUAAACAAAGAGCAAGAAGAAGUCAUCCUUUCAAAACGUGCCGUCUCCGCCCUCAUAGACGAACUCGAGAAGCUUCGCCAACCUCUUUCCUCUGCCAUAUCCGAAGAAAUCUCACUCGCCUUACAGAAUCAAACAAUUUCGACUGAAGAAACUACCUCACAAACUCAAGAACAACUGCCGCCUGAUGAGCCCGAUCAUACCAUUGAGGAUCUCCUCAAUCUGCUCUAUCUAGGGUCGUUGUUCGAUGUCAAGUCUCAGAAUGAUUUCACUUGGACGAUGUUGACUCGGAAUCACGAGAGGGGCUGUUGCCUGACCUAUGAUUACGUCACCGACGACGCCACUGACCUGCUUAGCGAGAAGGAUUUGGAUUUGAUUUCGACAUUGAGUGUACUAUUGACUUCCCGACCUGCUGCUUCCAGUUUGUCUCACAAGAACGCUUUGCAUCGUUGCAUCCAACAUGCUAAGCUUUGGAUUUCGAACUCUGACCAGCCCAUCGACCCCAAUGCCGCCGUUUCCUAUGCUGGGUUGAGAGAGAGGCUUAACAAGAUUAUGUCUUUGGAUUAUUUUACAACAACCCCGGAGAUCAAGGCGACUGUUGAAGUGGCUGCCGCAGCUGCUGCUGGGACUUAUACCACCUUCCAGGUUCCGGUGCAGAAUGUGCCCAUUUAUGUGCCUGUUGAGGUGGAAGAUCCAAUUGAGCAGUAUCAGCAGAAGGAAGCAGAUGUAUCUAAUUAUCAAGAAACUGAGACGCUGGACAGUCAAUUUAGUGCUGCAGAGGAACUUCAAAAGGAUGAACCGGAGUUGGAAAAUCAUCCUGAGGACACUGCAGUUCAACAACAAGGUGGCAAAUUACUGGCGGAUAUGGACCACAAUCAGAGAGAUGUAGAACCCGGGGAGCAGCAGUAUGUUCCUCGAAGACCCUAUCACAACCAAAGAGGGAGUCGUGGUACUGGGGGUGGUCGUAGGGGUUACUCCAAUGGUUGUGGAGGUCGAGGCAGCGGAAGGGGCGGUGGAGCCUACCAAAAUGGUCGUAGCCAAUAUUAUGAUCAGCCCGGCAUUAACUACUAUUCUAGGAGCUAUUAUAACAACCGGGGAAGAGGUGGCAGAAGUGGUGGCCACGCUUACAACAAUCAUGGCUCGACAGUUCAGGGUAGUCGUGCAUCGGCCGAUGUUGCCUCGUGACUUCUUUAGGCUGUGUUUAUGAGGUCAGUUUCUUGAGCAAGUGGGUUUCCAUGGGAAUCAUGAUUUGGAAAUGGGUUCAUGUUUAUAUGUAACCAUCCAGGACACCCCAUUUACUCCUCUUGUAGUUCAGUGUCUCGAUGACUUCAUUAGAAACCA